UUUCAAGAAGUCAAAGUUCAUUGCUGAGUUGAGCAUCCAAGACGACAACGACAUGGAAAAUCAAAACAUUGGCCCUUCUUCACCUGGUAACUCUCUAUCCAUAUCUGAAUUUGAGCGUGACGGCCUUGUAACUCAAUAUGAGGGCGACGAAGAUCUAAUGCUUCUCCACAUGGAACAAAAUGCCAAUGAGCCAAUCUCACCAAAUCUGGAGGCGGUUAUGGAGAAAGAUAAGGGGUUAGGUCGACCGCAAGAAGCUCGUCCCGCUCCACUGCUUCUUGAACGGCCCCAAAGCUCUGGACUCGAUGUCGCCGGAUUCUCCUUCGGAAAACCUGGUCCACGUGGAAGGCCACUUCUACUACAAUCGUUGACAAAGAGGCCAUGCUCGGUGCCCAGGAAUCCUUCCUUGGAACAAACUAAUAGGCGUGGAAUGGCCGAUGAAACCAGACAUCAAGACCAAGUAAAGUUGGUUCCUCCAAUGCUGGUACUUUUCACAUAUGCUGAUUGUCCUUCAUUGUCCUUCAAGUUCUAUCUCUCAUGCGUCGGAAAAGGACUGCACGAUGUACGAAAUGAUCCGAACUAACUUAUCCCUCUCGAGCGCGACGAGGUCCUGCUCUCCAGCAACACACAAACGCCAGGAGUCGGAGAUUGCAGAAAAUCGUUGUAACAGCGCCGAAAGCGAUGCUUGCAGAAACACUUCAACGGAUCGACAACAAAGCCAGAGAGCACAAGAUGGUGGUUCGCAAACAGAGGGCGGUAUUCAACGCAUCGUCGCGAAUGCAGGAAAUCCAGGUGGGUAAAG